ACAUUCAGAUAUUGAAAGUCUACAUGCCUGUAGAAUGUAGUCAUAUCAUUGUACUUUGCUAUGCGCAUUUGGCCUGAAUCGAGUGCCUUGUACUACCAUGACUACUUGCGUACAAUCAAGUAUCAUUUCCCAUUCAAUCUGAUAUCUCUCAAUUGCAUAUUUCGAAAUGGCUCUGAUAAACGUUUCACGUUUGACUGUGAUAGGAAUCGCAUUUAUAUUCUCCUGCUUCAUUCAAGGUACAUUAACUUCGGAAGUACCAGACGAUACCGUGUACACUGAUGGACAGAAAACAGUACGGAUGGGCGACAGUGUUGUCCUGACAUGUCGGUUUCGAGGCUCACCUUUGGCUGUCUACUGGAAGAAAGGUGAUGACCCAAGAACCGCACCAAACCUUGUAUCAUGGAUUCUUGAUGAUGACGACACUAGUAAAUCAUGUGUAGAUCAAAGCAUAUGUGAGAUCAUGGAGAUGAAUGAGAAUCGUUCUUUGAUCAUCAAAGAAGUCAGCAUUGCAGAGGAAGGUCGAUACAUUUGUAGAGUAUCGGACUACAAGGGAGACUUCAUCCAUAACUUUACGGAUAUCCGUGUAUUUUCGCCUCCUUCUGAACCGUAUCCACGUAUUGAGGAAUGCCCAGGGGAACCCGUCAACAAUGCUCCGCAAUCUUGCAGCCUCUCGACUUUUGACACUGUCACCAUCACCUGCACAGCAUCGAAUUACUUUCCCGACAUUGAUCUGUUCUUCAUCCACGAAUCUAUUACGACGAACGCAACAUACUCGCAUAUCAUCGAAGAGACAAACGUGGACGGCACUAAAAACAAAUCGGUUUCCAUCGUCGCCAAGCCGAGUGAAAACCCCUAUGUGUGCGUGGCGUCCCGUAUCCCUGGAUCGCAAGACCGAAGGACAGUUAGUGUAACAGUGUAUCCUAUUGAGACAAAAGUUACCAUGACGACAGCACAAACUAAUCAAACGACUCCACCUCGCCAGAGACAUGUAGCAGCCAAAGUUGUUGUACCACUUAUUCUGGUAGCGGUUCUUGUUUGCAUCUUCAUCUGGUGUUAUAGGAAGAGGAGGGCAUCGAAUCACGGAUAAACGGUGUGGAUCUAUAUUCAACUGGAUAGGGUCAAGCCAGGGAGCAUGCGCAGAUCAACGUUGAGAAAACAUUUCGAGCAUGAGCAUGCACAGAUCUCCCCAUGGAAUUAUAUCAAAAAAUACGGAGCUAUUUGCAGCGAUGUGUUUUUCCUAUUGGAAUCUUUGUCACAUGAUCACAAAUUGACCAAUCGUUUUUCUAUAAUACUCAUGAAUAUUCAUCAAGGGGAUAUAAGUAUAUGCGUAUAUAAAUAUACGUAUAGAGAAUCCACAUAUGAUUAGUGCAAAACCCCAUGUUAAGAGUGCUGGAAUAUAUAAUGUAUAGGAGCAAUAAACAAAUAAGUAGAAAGUAUUAUGACUACAUGCACUACAGAUUUGUUUCGUAUGAACAGCAAAAAUGCUGCUCACACUUUUCAUGUACAAAGUAAAGGGAUUGAGUACAGUUUAUAUAAGUUUAUUUAUGGGAAGUUCAUGAUAGACUGUGACUAAGAAGGGAUGAGUACAGAGAUUUAACCCAAAAGACUGUGCUAUUUGAGAUCUAUUGAGGACUGGUUGGCAUGACCCCCCCCCCCCCACUACCACUUGAAGUUUGCACUGUUGUUUGUAUCGUUUGACGUGAUUAUGUACGACGUGAUAUUCUAUAGCUUGGAUUCAACAUUCCAAUCAAAUCCGGAGGAAAUUUUAAAGACAAUUAUGAGUGUUAUUAUUCUUUAUUCAUCUGUAUAUAGACCUGCGCAAUGGAACGGUAUGGAGUCGUAAAGGUAGCAGAUGAUUAGAUCAUUGAUACUGUCAUGUCAACAUCGUGCAAAACGAUUUGACAAGAUAAGAAAAACUAUUCAUCAUACUCAUGUGAACAUCCUUUACACGAAGGAUGACAAUAUCUCUGAUCUUUGCGUGUCAUAUAGAAUGUCAUUUAGAAUGUCAGAUCACGGUGACUUCCUUUAAAAGAGAUGAUCAUGUGACAAGAUCUCGGAUCUCGCCAUGUCCACACACUUUACAAGAGAUCAGAUGAUCAGAUAUCAUCAAUUAUUGACUUUGAUCAGAAUUGAUUAGAUGGCAAGAUGUCUGCCCACAUGAAUUCGCCUCGUGCGCCACCAUUAAAUCAAAAUUUCAAGUUCCUUGCCAUCUGACGCGACGAAUUUCGAGAUUUUGCCAUUUUCUCAUCUCUUCUAACAUGUCUAUAGGAUGUUGACAUGACGAGGUCCUGAAUUUUGUCUUCAUCGUCUCUUCUAAACAGAUAAGAAAAUGUUUUCAUACCUUACCACCUCUUCUAAAUGUUGUGUUUGGCUUGCAUAGAUCGUGAAACUAGUCAUUAACCGGAUUUUUUCAUGACAAAGUAAUUACCUGUACACCCAGAUGGCGCUUUUAAGCUUCCAUCCAUACAACACAAGUCUACAAGAACUUUUUGUAUCAUAUUUCCAUGAAUGCCUGUUUUGAAAGCGAUCCAAUGACCAUAAUAUAUUUCAAAACUGAAAAUAAGAAUUCCUAAUUCGAUUUUUGGUGGUAGGGUAGGUGUAUUAAUACUGUCGGAAUUGUGAAACUCCAAGUUAGUUUUACAUUUUUUAUGAACAGGCGUGUUUCUCAUAACUGUUCAGUUCAGUUCAUUUAUUUAAAAUUCCAUAUAAAAAUAACAUUAUGAAAAAUACAUUUAUCUAUACACAACAGAAAAGCAAAGAUUAAACAAUAAUUUGGUAUACAUGGUAUAUACGAAUAAUGUUAACGUACUGUAGUUUACAGGAAUUAGGGGAAAGCCACAAAAAGCCAGAUGGCUUGUCGAGCAGGCUACCAUAGUAGGGGGAAAUAAAUUAUUGUCAAUAUUUAAAUAAACCAGAUAUAAAACUAUAUUGAAAUUAAAUUAACAGAAGAAUAGGACAGAUACCACACAACCCUAUACAAAGCAGCAUAUCUAAAAUAUUUAAGAUGUUAGCAAAUAUUUCUUAAGUUUCCUUUUAAAUACGUUAAGUGUUUUACAAGACCGAAUUUCAAUUGAAAUACUAUUCCAAACUUUUGGGGCACGAUGUCGGAAAGAUUGAAAUGUAAAAUAUUUUGCAACUGGGUACAAGUGAUAAUUUUCCCUAGUUCUUGUGUUACAACUAUGUAUAUUACAAUUUUUAUUUAUCAUACAGGAAAUUGUGUUAGGAAGAAUUUUAUUUUCAUGUUUAAAUAAAAGUAUGGCACAUUGGUAAUCAUUUAUAUUAAAUAUAUUAAGUACAUUCAGUUGAACAAAAAGAUCUUUUGUAUGAGCCAAAUAAUGAGAACGAGUGCAUAUUCUGACUACUUUCUUUUGGAGAAGAUACAAUGGUUGUAGUUUUGAAUGAUAAGUAUUAGCCCAUACAAUAUUGCAAUAACUUAGGUAAGAUAGGAUUAAUGUAUUAUAUAAAGUCAAAAGGAUUCGUUGAGGGAGAAUAUGACGGAGAUGAUAACACCAACAUUUUUGCUACCUUAUUGGUAAUAGUAGAAAUAUGAAUACUUCAUGAUAAUUUUUCAUCUAUUAAAACACCUAAAGAUUUUGUAUGAUGGGCAAGUUCAAUAAUUUUAUCAUUCAUUUUGAUUUGAAAAUUAUUCAAAGAUUGCUGUGUUGAAUUUUUUGAGUUGAUAUAAAAAUAUACAUAAUUAGAUUUUGUCUGUAUUCAAUAAAAGUUUAUUUGAAGAG